AUGACUGGAAAUUCUCCAUUAACAUUUCAAGUAUUAAGCAAGUGUUCUAAGACAAAAGCUCGCCGUGGAUUGAUGAUGCUUCGUCAGACGAAACCGGUGGAAACUCCUGUUUUUAUGCCUGUAGGAACACAAGGAACAUUAAAGGGAGUGCUUGUGAAUCAAUUAAAGAUGGACAAUAUGAACUGUCAGAUUAUGCUUGGAAAUACUUAUCAUUUAGGAAUGCGACCCGGACCUGAAAUCUUAAAGAAAAUCGGUGGAUUACACAAAUUUAUGGCAUGGGAUCGUGCACUUUUAACAGAUUCUGGUGGAUUUCAAAUGGUGUCUCUUUUACAAUUAGCUGAAAUUACAGAACAAGGUGUCAAAUUUCAAUCACCUUUCGAUACUUCUACAGAAUGUAUGUUGACACCUGAGGAAUCAAUUAAGCUACAAAAUGUAAUUGGUGCUGACAUUAUAAUGCAACUGGAUGAUGUUGUGAAAACGACAACUACUGGACCGAGGGUUGAGGAAGCAAUGCACAGAACAAUAAGAUGGAUAGAUAGAUGUUUAGAAGCAAACGAAAGAAAUGACGACCAAUCAAUAUUUCCAAUUGUACAGGGUGGAUUACAGCCCGAAUUAAGAAAGCAAUGUGCAGAAGCCUUAACAAAACGAGAUGUGCGUGGAUUUGCAGUUGGUGGUCUUUCCGGUGGCGAAAGCAAGGAUGAUUUUUGGAAGAUUGUUAGCUUAUCUACAGAUUUAUUGCCAAAUGAUAAGCCUAGAUACUUGAUGGGUGUAGGAUUUGCUUCAGACUUAAUUGUAUGUGUCGCUCUCGGAAUUGAUAUGUUUGAUUGCGUAUUUCCUACUAGAACUGCUAGAUUCGGAUGUGCACUUGUCAGAUCUGGUCAAUUAAAUUUAAGAAAGCAAACGUAUGAAUGUGAUUUGACUCCAAUUGAUGAAAAGUGUGGAUGUAGCACUUGUAAAACGUACACAAAAGCUUACAUUCAUGCUGUAAUCAAUGAACCAAUCAUGUGUAGUCUACUAACAAUCCACAAUGUCUAUUUCCAACUUCAACUCAUGCGUGAUAUGAGAGAUGCCAUUGAAAGCGAUAAAUUUCCGGAAUUUGUAAAAACGUAUAUGAAUGAGUUAUAUCCAGAAGAGAAGCCAAAAUGGAUUGUUGAUGCUCUGAAAAGCGUGAAUGUUGAUCUUUAA